GUUGCUGGGACCAGCCCGGUGAGAAAGAUGCGAGACUAAACAUUUCCCGUGAAGGAGACAAGCAGGGGAAUGAACAGCAGGGGCGGGGAAGUGAAACAGUUUGGAGACAGAAACCAAAAGAGAAAAAGAAGAGAAACUUAAAAGUUUUUUCACGACCUGUGAGAACAGACACGACAACGGGUGAAAUACAGAGAAACAGGGAUGCAUGUGGCUGAUCUGCUGUACCUUUGAUUAAUGCUACUCGUAGAUUCUCUUUGACAGCUACUUAAAAGCGCAGACUCCAAUCCUGAUUGGAUGCUUAUCUCAGAAUGACAGCAGAAGACUCCGCCUCUGCCGUUGCUAUGAGUAACCCAAGCCCUUCCUCCUCUUCUAAGGCCUCCUCUGGGCAUCCGCAGCAUCACGACGCCAUCCCUGAGGGAGUGGCUGGGGCCCCCAAUGAAGCUGCACUUAUGGCCUUGAUGGAGCAGUCAGGUUAUGGUAUGGUGCAAGAAAAUGGACAGCGCAAAUACGGCCCGCCACCAGGCUGGCAAGGCCCCUCCCCUCCACGUGGCUGUGAAAUCUUUGUGGGUAAGAUCCCACGUGAUGUCUACGAGGACGAGCUGGUGCCAGUAUUUGAGACUGUUGGACGGAUCUAUGAGAUGCGCCUAAUGAUGGAUUUUGACGGGAAGAACCGCGGUUACGCAUUCGUCAUGUUCACGCAGAAGCAUGAAGCUAAGCGAGCAGUUCGUGAACUCAAUAACUUCGAAAUUCGUCCAGGAAGGUUGUUAGGUGUGUGCUCUAGUGUAGAUAACUGCCGCCUCUUCAUUGGCGGAAUCCCAAAAACCAAGAAGCGUGAGGAGAUCCUGGAGGAAGUUUCCAAGGUGACGGAGGGGGUGCUGGAUGUGAUUGUGUAUGCGAGUGCUGCGGAUAAGAUGAAGAAUCGUGGCUUUGCCUUUGUAGAGUACGAGUCUCACCGUGCUGCUGCUAUGGCCAGAAGAAAGCUCAUGCCAGGACGAAUUCAGCUCUGGGGUCACCAGAUUGCAGUUGACUGGGCAGAACCUGAGAUUGACGUUGACGAGGACGUCAUGGAAACAGUGAAGAUUCUGUACGUGCGGAACCUGAUGAUAGAGACCAGUGAGGAUAUUCUACGCCAAACCUUCGGCCAGUUCAACCCUGGCUGCGUGGAACGUGUCAAAAAAAUCCGAGACUACGCCUUUGUUCACUUCGCCAGUCGAGAAGAUGCUGUGGUUGCAAUGGACAACCUGAACGGCACAGAGAUCGAAGGUUCCCGUAUUGAAGUGACCCUGGCCAAGCCUGUGGAUAAGGAGCAGUACACCCGCUAUCAGAAAGCAUCGAAGGCAACAGCGGCUCCGACCACUACCGACAACACCCAACAAAGUUACGUGUAUCAGUGUGACCCAUAUACACUCACCUAUUACGGCUAUCCCUACAACACACUCAUUGGACCCAACCGAGAGUACUUCAUCAAAGGUACUGUAAGAGGCCGUGGCCGUGCUGGGGCCGGUAAUAGGGGCCCAGGGCCCCGCGGCUCAUACCUUGGUGGCUAUUCAGCUGGCCGAGGCAUUUACAGCCGCUACCAUGAAGGAAAGGGCAAAUUGCUGGACAGACCUUACGAGAUCAUGCCCAAUCUAGAGCUGGCAGCUGUGAACCCAGUGGGCAUCAAGCCUGGCACAAUGGCUCUUCCAGCACUCGGUGCUCAGUACCCUGCUGUGUUUUCUGCUGCCCCUGCAACUAAGUUAAUGGACGAAGGGAAGAUGCACCCAGUGGAGCACCUGAUAAACCCUAUGGCCCUCCAGCAUGACCCCACAGCUGCCUCGGCCACUGCGGCGGGCAUACCUGCUGUCUCCACACCACCGCCUUACCAGGGUCGUCCUAUAACCCCCGUCUAUGCUAUGGCUCACAAUGUCCAGAGGCUCCCGGCUGCAGCUGCCAGUCUGUAUGGAGCCGGCUACAUGCCUAUCGCUACCCACGCCAACACGGCCAUGCUGGCAGCGCCAAAAUGUUUAGACCACUACUGCUAUUCCCAGCAUCCAGUCCUGUGA